AUUAUUACUGUUAAUGUAAUCACAAUAUCAUUCAUAGUAUUAAUAAUCACUUGAAUGGGAGUUCACAACAACAACAACAACGACAAGUGAUUGUUGUCUUUUGUAACCUAUUGGUGACAUUAAAUAUACAUCACUGGAUCCACUUCAUUGAGAUUAUCAUUUAUCACACACACAGACACAAUGAUGACAUCAUCGUCCCAGCGAUUUGAAGACCUCAAGGAUGAGCUAAAUGCCAUCAAAGACAAGAUUAGAGUCCAGAGUCAACACAACUUAAAUGAGUUAACCUUUAGACGGAUGUCCUCUGAAGGCGAUCAACUUGUUUAUCAAAUGAGACGAGAGCUGACAUCGACGCCAGCCAUAGCUCAGAAAGAGAUGCUCGACAUCUGGACGGAUGAGUCCAAUCAAUGGCAGGCAUUCAAACAGCAAAUGGACGACCAUCUGAGGUCGGCUACAUCGGCAGCGGGCAAUGACCUGAGUCGCGGUAUUGCUAUACUGGAACGGACCAGCAAUAGUGUACAACGAGCCGAAAUGGUUUCGCGCGAAACGGAGGCCAUCGGCCAGGAAGUGAUCGGCGAAUUAGGCGAACAACGGGAAGCAUUGACCAGAACACGCGACCGAUUGGACGGUACUAACCACGACCUGAAACGAAGUAAUGUUAUACUAAGACAAAUCAAUCGCCGAUUGUUGACCAAUAAAUGUCUACUAAUUGUGAUUAUAUUGAUUGAAAUAUUAAUACUAAUGGUUGUUGUAUACUUUAAAUAUCUUCGACCGAAAAAAUAA